AUGCCGGGAGAGGAGAGAAGGGGAGGAGGAGCAAAGGGCGAGCGGUCCCUCGGGGGCCCCGUCGAGGCGAGGCGUCCCCCGGGCGAGAGGGAGAGCGGGCGAGGAGGAGGAGCGGGCGGGUUGCAGAGGCCCCGACGGGCGGUCGCGGCUCCGGCCGUCCUCCAGCCCGCCGGCCGGCCCCUUUCCCCGCUCCGCCGCUCCCGCCCCGUCUGCGGCAGCCCGGCCGGCCUCGGAGCAGCGCGGGUCCGCAGGGCGUGGGCGGCGAUGCCGUUCUGGAAGCGCACGGUGGAGCCCCGCCGCCUGCUCCCCUCGGCGGCGCUGGCCCCCCGCCUGGCCGCCCUGCCGCUGGCUCGGCUGCACGACGUGUGCGGCGCGGCGGCGCUGGCCCUGCUCCGCCAGCUGGCCGACCUGUGCGGCCACUCGGCGGCGCUGCUCGGGGAGCUGGAGGGCCGCCUGCUGCAGCUCGCCCGCCGCGCCCGCCGCCUGCGGGGCCGCCUCCGCCGCGCGCGACGCCUCCUGCGCCCGGGAGCCGCCCGGGAGGAAGCGCCGGCCCCCAGCAGCGGGCAGCAGCGGCGGCCGGAGCCCGGGCGAUGCUGGCUGGCGCUCCGCACAGCCCCGCCGCCGCCGCCGCCGCCGCCGCGCGCCGAGAUGGGCAACUCCCCGCCCGGGAUGCUGGGCAAGGCGCCCCGCAGCAAGAGACCCCCGCGCACCGCCGCCGUCGCCCCCUCCUCCACCUCCUCCUCCUCCGCAGCCCUCGGGCAGCCGGCAACAGCCACCUCUAACGUAGACCUGGAAGUCAAGAAACCUACCCCUCCCAAGCUCUUAUGGCAUCAGCCAGUGAACAUCUUCUUGGCCCGGCCCGUUGGCGUGGAGGAGCUUCACCACGAGGCUGAACUCAACCUCCAGAGUUUGCUCCAAGAAGAGUAUGAGGAACCGUACUCAGACCCCAGGAUCAGCGGCCAGACCUUCCGCUAUGCCAGCCCCCUCUCUGCAGACCGGCCCCUCGACUGUAGCCCCCGGCCCCCACGCUCAAAACGCCUGGAGUUUGUGUUUAUGCCUGCAAACCAGCAAGUAAGGGAGAGCGAGACGACCACACUCGGAGUGAGAGCCCUGGAGCCUUCGUUCAGUCUGCCCGCAACCCCAGACAAGCACACAGCCUGGUCCCGAGCUGGCCCUCUGCCUUCCCUGGAGGAGAAGAGGUUGCACCAGCCCUGUCCGACCCAAGCAAAUAUUGUCCCCAUCAACGUCUCCGGGCAGCCAUUUGCUAGGCACGCCAGCACGCGCCACUCCCUCUUUAACACAGAGACUGCCAUGAAUCCCAAGUCCUUGCUGCGCCGGAGACGGACGGUGAUCGGCUUCCCUCACCUCUCUCUGCGGGACCCAGGAAACAGCAACGGCCCAAUUCUCAACCCUCCCGCAACUAUAGCAGAAUCCGUCUCUUGUAACUUUGUCCCUGACGUGGCCAAUGGGAGGAGCUCAGUCCAUCCAGUUCGAUCCCCACAUCCUCGUCCCCAGCUGAGAAAGACAUUUAGUGACCUUGGAGGAGCUCUACAGGGGAGGUGUUGCCAGAUGCCAGCUGGGCACCCAGAGAAGCAGAGGGUGAUGUAUGCCAGUCCAUCCUGCAACGGCCCUAAGGAGGACUCUGCUUUCUCUCCCGCUUGGAGUGCAGCGUCUUUUGGCUACGUGAGCCCUUCGAUGAGCCACAGCGAGCUGACGGGGGGCAGCACCACCCCCUCGUCUCCCUGCGCCCCAGGGGCGACUCCCGAGUCGGAACGGCCCGCCUCCUUCUUCAUUGGCAAAGACAGUGUGGUUGGAAACAAUGGCUCAGGGUCCUUCUGUGCUUCUCCCAAGUCCCUGGUGGACGCUCAAGGGGGCUCAAGGGGGGAGGCAAGAGAAACCAAGGUGCAUUUGGUCCCCAGUCCUGGCGAAGAGGAGUGCCCACGGGUGGAGAGGGAAAGAAUGUCCUGCAAAUUCCGGGAACGGUCGCUCUCUGUCCCCACGGAUACAGCCUCCCUGUGCUCCGUGGACAUUGGGGGCAGUGAGACCUGCGGCCUGAGCUAUCCCAGCGCCAGCUCUGAGGGCAGCACGAGCACAGACAACGUCUCGUUGGCGGUAGAUCCAGAUGCCCAGACGCGGCAACGGCGGCAGCGCAUGAAGAGCAUCUCUCUCAAGAAGGCCAAAAAGAAGCCCUGCCCGCCAACCCGCAGCGUGUCUUUGAUCAAGGACGGGCAAGUGACCAAAGGAGGAUCCGAUGGUGAGGCGGCGGCCCCGGACCAGAGACCUAAAAGCCUCUGUCUGCUCUCAGAGAUGCAAGUCCAAGAGGACACAAACGGGGAGGUGGAGAACAUGCCGUACACCCCGCAAUGGUACUUGGCGGAGUGGAAUUCGAGUGACCCUUAUUGCUCCCUGUCCGGCUCCAGCACCACUACCGGAACCACCGUGAUCGAUCUCUCCAAGGCACGCGGCAGCUCCGAGUCUCUCCCUUCCCCCUCCAUCUCCCGAGCCACAACACCCUCCCAUCUCUCCACCGAGGUGAACUUGAAAAUCUCAUCCCCAGGGAGGUUCGCGGGGGUGAUGUCCCCCUCCAGCGGCUACUCCAGCCAGUCGGAAACGCCGACCCCAACCAUCCCAGGGUCUACGGUCCUGGGGCACGCCCCACACCACAGUGGGCGGGCCAGGCCUCUCGUGCCAGAGCGGAAGUCGUCGCUGCCACCAGCCUCUCCCAUGGAGCGGAGCCCCAAGUCGCGGAUGUCGUUUGACCUUCCAUUUGCCCCACCAACCCACCUGGAUCUCUCGGGGCUGAAGAUCUCCAAGGGCAAAGCCAAAGUGAGCCGGCACCACUCGGACUGCACGUUUGGCGUGAAGCUCGGUCCAAAGCUGAGCCCCGUGCAGCCGGUGAUGCCCAUGGUCACCCAGCUGGACCUGCAGUCUGUCCGCUUGCGCUCGAUUAGCCGCUCGGAGACCGAGGAUAACCUGGACAGCCCUGAGCCCAUGGAGGAACAUGGCAAGAAAAUCCGACCACCGGUUGCAGAGAAACCUCCGCUUUCCAGGAGACCCCCGAUGCUCUUGCACAAAACCCCUCCGGUUCAGGAGGAGUCCCCUGUGAGCUCCCCAACUUCUCCACUGACACCCCAGGGUCCGAACCCCACGGAGAAUGUUUACAUGGUGGCCAGGAAGCCAGAGCAUCGAUGGGACACCGAGGCCUGGAGCCCCAUUGAGUUGGCCUCAUCCAGCGCAGUGCUCUCCCCCACCCAGGGGUCUUCAGGGACAUUUUUCACUGCCUCUCGGCGUCUCUCCCUGGAGAGCUUGGAGGAAGAGGAGGAGCUGAAGCAGAAGCUGCCCACAGAGAGAACACCUGGGGGGGAGAAUCGGAAAACCAAAGUCCCACCCCCUGUCCCCAAAAAGCCCAGCGUCCUCUACCUGCCACUAGCACCCUCCCCACUCCAUCAGGGUACCCCUCUCAAGGAUCCUAGGCUGGCCACCAGUCCAGUCAUUACAUUGGAUGAGAACUAUGCGUACUCUGAGCUGCCCACUUGCAAGCUGCCAUCUCCUGUGGGCAGCGAGACUAACAUGAGCCCGAUGACUGCAGAAGAGCCUUGGGGAGAGGUUUCAGGGAAUUUUGUGGACUUGAGGACUGAAGAUAAAGGCUUUGUCAGUGACAAAACUGCCACGUCAAUCACUGAGGAGGACGAUGACGUGUUUGUGACUUCCCGGACCACAGAAGAUUUAUUUACUGUCAUUCACAGGUCCAAACGGAAGCUCCUGGGCUGGAAGGAACCCAGCGAUGCCUUUGGGAACCGGAAUUCCCAAGUGUCCUCAAAGAACCCAGGGGGGCCGUUCAGCAACGAUUGCUCUCCGACGGGCAGCAUAAGAACCUCCAGCAGGAACGAAGACUUUAAGGCCCUCCUCCAGAAGAAAGGGGGCAAGGGAGCCUCUGGUACCCGCACAUCCGCAGCCGAACUUCUCAAGACCACCAACCCCCUGGCUCGGAGGGUCAUGACCGAGUUUGCUGUGGAAGGGACGAUCCCAAGCCCGAAGGCCACGCCCUGAUUGUGUUUGAGAAUGCCCCUCCUCUCUGUGCUAUGCCCCAGCCUGUCCCUGGGGAGAUCUGCUUGUCUGACGGUCAGGGUGAGACUGCUUCCGUUGGCGUUUUCAGCAUCUGUGUCGAUAUAUUGGCAGUGGCAAAACUCUUUUCUGGUUUUCACUGGGGGACUUCUGGUUUCAA